GCUCUUAUACGUCAGCUUUUAUCCAUUCUUUGCGUUAUGCAUUCAAGGGGAAUUUCUCAGUCACCAUCUCUGAUCUGGUGAGAUACAUCUCAUUUAAAUACCUCAGUUGUAAGGAAAUACUCUAGUGCAGUGGUCAUCAGCGAAAAGGGAUAUUGCCGUCCUAAAGUGGUGACCUUGACCUCACCAUGGCAGCCUUUACAGCACUAAUGGACAAAUAUAAAUCGGCCACAACCGAUCUCAGAGACCUCCGGACUGAUGGAUGGUUUCUGAUGGAGUCUGUGUGGCCGACAGUGGCUACAGUUUUGGUGUAUCUUGUCAUUGUCGCCUGGGGUCCCCGAUUGAUGUCCAAUCGACCAGCCUUCCAGCUCAACAACGUCCUUGUCGCAUACAACUUCUGUCUCAUGCUGCUAUCAAUGUACAUGGUCUUUGAGUUUGUGGUCUCUGCAUGGCUGCGUCCAGGGUUCAGUCUGGCCUGUCAAGCUGUGGACUAUUCCAGUGAUCCCAUGUCAGUCAGGCUGGCGCAUGUGUGUUGGUGGUUUUACUUCUCCAAGCUUAUAGAGCUACUAGAUACCGUGUUCUUUGUUCUGCGGAAGAAAGGUAGCCAGAUCUCAUUCCUCCAUGUGUACCAUCACUCUACAAUGCCCAUACUCUGGUGGGCAGGGGUCAAAUUCGUCGCAGGAGGUGAAGGUUACUUCUCCGCCAGCAUCAACAGCUUCGUCCACGUCCUGAUGUACCUGUACUACCUCCUGUCUGCGAUGGGGCCCAGCAUGAGGAAGUACCUCUGGUGGAAGAAGUACAUGACCUCCAUACAGCUGGUGCAGUUCUGGGCCAUCCUCAUCCACACCAGCUACUCCAUUUACCUGAACUGCGGCUACCCCCUUGGCUACAACAUCGGCUUCCUCUCCUACAUGAUCUCACACAUCGUCCUGUUCUCCAACUUCUACUACCAGGCCUACAUCAACAAGUCCCAUCAUUCUGCCCCACUGAAGAACGGUAGCGCCAAGACCAAGCACCAGAACGGAGUCAUGAACGGCACCGUUAAAAGCGGAGUCACAAACGGCAAACUGCGGAAGCGGAUAGAAUGAUGAAGGGCCAGAGUAGUUCUUAGUGAUGUUUGUGUAACUGAAUAUCAGAUAUAACUGACUGACACUCAUGUCAACUGACAAUCAUCAUGCCAAUAGUGCUUACAACAUUCAUUAUACAUCACUGGUCAGGGCUGCUAGACAUGUCAACAGGCCCCUACCAAGCUCACCUCCUCCAGUGAAGUAGUCUGACAAUGUACUUGUUUCACAUGCAGUCUGGGCUCAAUAUUACUUCCUCCUCCAAGUGUUCUCACACAGAUUGGGACAUACUUUAUUCAGCAUUCAGCAUAACAUACCCGUGACGGUGUUAUCAGUGUACCCACUGCCUUCACGUUAUACGAUGAUCCUACUGCAGGGAGUUUUUUAAGGGUUUACUUUGUGUCCAUGACGCACCUCACCAUGAACCUGGCAGUGCCGGCUAUACAGGGAAUAUAUGUAUGUUGUGCCUGCCACUGAUAAUGUCCUGUAGAUGGGUGUGUGGUAUGACUUAUGGUGCUCACACUUAGUGUCAGUACAUGGAAUCUGUGGGUGGAUGAUAUGUAUAUUACACAAACACAUUGUUAUGUACAUGGAAAUUGGUGGGUAGAUAUUAUUUUUAUUACACACACCUAUUGUUACAGGCAUGGAAUGGGUGGGUGGGUGACACACAUACACAUAUAUUAUACACAUACACGCACAUGCUCAGGACACACACCACACCACACCACACCACACCACACCACACCACACGUGCAUGUGGAGAGGUAAGGAAAUAUUGGUUCCAUUAUCAUAUAGGGUGAUGUUCGCCAGUGGUGACUUACUACCUGUAUAUUGCACCAGCCAAUGAUAUGAACAUGUCACUGUGGUAUGGGGAGAACACUGCACUUCAUCUUUGUAAAGACAUGAGCUUUGGUGCAGUUAUUGUUGAUAUUUGCCACUCAACAUUCAAUUCUGUUUGUUAAUUUAUUGUAAAUAUCCCCAUCUGCACUUUCAUAUUUUCAUGAAAAUAGCCCAUCAAUGCAAUGAGAUACAUAGUAUAGAUAAGUUUAUGAGUUUAUGUCAUAAUGGUGAUUAUUGAGCUGGUUUAAUCAAUUUGCUGUUAUUAUUAUUGUUUAAUUAUUGCAAUAAUUCUGCUGGAAAUUAUAGCUGGUUUUCGUUAUUCCCUCAUUUAUUGAUGAUGCUGUAGAAUGUAGUGUCUUAGAACAAUCAAACCUUAACUAAGUCAAAACUAUUGUUGUUCCUGAGCUUAUAUUGUCAUGUACAGAGACUGAUUCUGUGUAAAAGCUUGCCAAUUGUGUGCAUGUUAUCAGCAAUAAGUAUUUAACUACACAACGAUGACUCACCCAACUCCAGUACACUAAAUUUGUUGUGUUCUACCAUUCCAAACAUAUUGGUGGUUUUAUUUUAUUUUGUUCAUACAUAAUUGAGUUGUUACCAUGGUUACAUUGACUUUUUCUGUCUGCAACAGGGUGUGGUUGGGGACUACCUCGCUGUUACGGCAUAUGAUAUGGGAUAUAUGUCGACAUCAGUCAUUUGAUAUACCAAUGUACAUGAUGUCCUUGGGGGAUAUUUAGAUAUAUCCCUGCAUAUAUGAGGAUGGUUAAAAAUACACCUUUUUGACAACUAUUAAGAUUUGUUAAUCUGUGUUUUUAAUUUCUUUUUGUUACAUAAAUGAAAGGGACAUACACAAACUCAGGCCAGGCAACAAGGGAUGCCCACUCUUAUGUGUGUCCCGUUUUAUGUCAACCAAUCACAGGAAAAAGGUUAGAAUGAGAAUGAUGAGAUAAGGUCAAGGUUACAGAUAGUCAAGAACAAGGUCAAGGUCAGGGUUAGAAAAGUUCAAGUUCACCUUUUGUGACCUUCAGUAUGUAAAUGUGUCCUACUGUAGCAACAUUUGACUGGUGUUACUAGCUGCAGUCACACCUGUGUCAGUGUAACAUGUAAACUUAGAGCUACCUCGAGUCCGCAGAUGUCACUCAGGGUGGCCAUUGUUAGCAACAUCGGGUCAUAUGUGGGCGAUAGUAAUGAGUGGUUGUUAUUUUGAUUGUUAACAGUUUUGUGCAUCACCAUGUAGUACAAAUUAUUAGAAUUCUAUUUUACAUUUUAUUCCUCAUGAUAUUACAAUCAAAUGUCUUUUCAACCUUUUUAUGCACUUUUAUAUCACAAUCACUGAGAUUUAUCUUGUUUUUAUUUGCAUUUCUUUUAUUUUCAUACUACUCAGAUGGUUUGUUUGUUGUACAACUGCCAAUGUUUAAUAAUAACAGUUGUUUUGUACCAGUGAACAAUCAAAAUUCUAGAGGUUGUUGUGAAAUGCAUAUAUUCUGUUUCAUUAUUGGCAUAUUUUGUAUUGCAUAAUUGAUGAGAUUGAACUGAGAAAAGUACCGGUAAUUUAUGACUGCUUGCAAUCAGUGGCAUAACAACCCUGUUGUGUAGAGACUGUAUUUAUUUAUGAAGUUAAUUUCAGCUUGAGAACAAAAUGUCUGUUUUAGCCAGAUGUGCGCUACAUGUAUACAACCAUGUUGUUGGUCUGUCCACAGUAUAUAUGCAGCCAACAAGAGUCGGUGUGUGUGUGUGUUAGAAUGAGAACAGUAUAUUAUUUAUAUUUUUCCUUCCCACCGAGCUAAUUUCAGAAAUGAAAAUAUCUUCCAAGUUGGUCUGUAGAGCAUGUGAUUUGAUAAGUUUUAGUGGAUGAAGAUGUAGGGUGUGGAUCAUGGAGACAAAUUCAGACUUACAAUAUUCUCUAUCUUUGCCUAAUAGUAUAUCAUCAUGGGAACUGGGAAGGUAGAUGAAGAUAGCAUUGGAGAGAACUAGCAAUAAACAAAGCUGAGCUGUUAAUGGCAGCAGCAAGAACUCUUCAUUGUAACAUAAUAGUUGCUAUAUUACUGUUCAGACUUCAUCAGUUCAGGUAAGGCUUACAGAAAAAUGUUUCU